GGGGGGGGGGUAGUGAGCUAACACCCGCUGAGUUAGAGAGAUCAGGUAACACUAGACUUCCAGAAGGAAAUUAAAAAAACAACAGAAAACGCUGUAACCCGGAGUUGAAUAAGACUGCAGCUGGACGUUUUUGCAGGAAAACUUUGUUUAUGAAAUCCGCAAUUAUUAUUACCCAAAACGGGCAUCGACAAAAACCGGGUGCUUCAGAGUAGGGCAGUCGGCAGAGUAGCACUGUGACCCGGGGAAGACGAGCACACUACGACCAUCGGAAAGGACAUCCGUAAAUCCGUCAGGAUGCGGGGUCUGGCCAGCGCCUCCCUGUCCGCGGGCUCGCUCAGCCUGCUCCGUCUCUUCGGGGUCCCCUGGUCCUGGGGUCUGGCCGUCAGCCUGGGGGUCUACCUGGGCACCGGGGGCUGGCGUUACCUCCGCAUCGUGGUCAAGACUGCCAAGAGAGACGUCAUUGGUCUGUACGUGCUCCUACGAGUCAAGUUCUGCCUCUACAGACACCUCCGGGCCGGCAGCACCAUCCCCUCCAUCUUCAGCGCCACGGCCCGCAGGCACCCGGACAAGCCCGCCCUGAUCCAGGAGGGCACCGGGGAGGUGUGGAGCUUCUCCCAGCUGGACGAGAUGUCCAACGGGGUGGCCCAGCUUGUGCUGUCCCUGGGACUGGCUCCGGGGGCCGUGGUGGCUGUGUUCAUGGAGAGCCGGCCCCUCUUCGUGGCUCUGUGGCUGGGCAUGGCCAAGGUGGGCGUGGAGGCCGCCCUCAUCAACUUCAACCUGCGACGGGAUUCGCUGCUGCACUGUGUGGGCGUGUCCGGGGCCCGGGCUGUCAUCUUUGGGGCGGAGCUAGCAGAGGCGAUGUGGGAGGUGAGAGACUCCCUCAGUAAAGACAUGCUGUGCCUCUGCACUGGUGAUGUCAGCCCUGAUCGAGUGCUUCAGAUCGGAGCGAAGCCCCUGGAUCCUCUGCUGGCCUCGGCUUCCAAACUGCCUCCCCCAGUCACACACAGCAAGGGCUUCAACGAUCGCCUCUUUUACAUCUACACGUCUGGUACCACCGGCCUGCCCAAAGCAGCCAUCGUCGUGCAGAGCAGGUAUUACCGCAUCGCUGCCUUCGGGUACCACGCCUUUGGAAUGCGCCCUGAUGAUGUGCUGUACGACUGCCUCCCUCUCUACCACUCCGCAGGGAACAUCAUGGGAGUGGGGCAGUGUCUGAUCAACGGUCUCACUGUCGUCAUCAAAAAGAAAUUCUCAGCCAGCAAAUUCUGGGAGGACUGCAUCAAAUACGACUGCACUGUGGUGCAGUACAUCGGUGAGAUCUGCCGCUACCUGCUGAGCCAGCCGCGCCGAGCCCCGGAGAGCAGACACCGCGUGAGGCUGGCCGUGGGGAACGGGCUGAGGCCCAGCGUGUGGGAGGCCUUCACUCAGAGAUUCAGCAUCAAGCAAGUGGGGGAGUUCUACGGGGCCACAGAGUGUAACUGCAGCAUCGCCAACAUGGACGGCAAGGUGGGAUCGUGUGGCUUCAACAGCAUGAUCCUGCCCAAUGUCUACCCCAUCCGACUGGUCAAGGUGAACGAGGAAACCAUGGAGCUGAUCAGAGGCCAGGACGGGCUGUGCGUGCCCUGCACACCUGGAGAGCCCGGGUUGCUGGUGGGUCGGAUCAAUCAGCAGGACCCCCUGCGCAGGUUCGACGGCUACGCCAGCGAGGCAGCGACCAGCAAGAAGAUCGGAAACAACGUGUUUAAACAGGGAGACACAGCGUACCUCUCAGGAGACGUGCUGGUGAUGGACGAGCUGGGCUACAUGUAUUUCCGGGACCGCAGUGGGGACACGUUCCGCUGGCGAGGGGAGAACGUCUCCACCACAGAGGUGGAGGGGACCCUGAGCUCCCUGCUCAACCAGGCCGACGUGGCCGUGUACGGGGUCCCUGUGCCAGGUGUUGAGGGGAAGGCAGGCAUGGUCUCUAUUGCAGUGCAGGACGGCCUCUUUGACCCGGCUCAGUUCUACACAGAGAUCCAGAAGGUUCUGCCCCCGUACGCCCGGCCCGUCUUCCUGAGGAUCUCCCCCGAGGUGGCCACCACAGGCACUUUCAAGAUCCAGAAGACUCGUUUACAGAGGGAGGGGUUCGACCCCCGCCACUCCCCCGACCAGAUCUACUUCCUGAACUCGCGGGCGGGACGCUAUGAUCCCCUGGAUGAGGGUCUGCACAGAGCCAUACUGGAGGGGCGUGUGUCUGUGUGAGAGACAGACAGACAGACAGACAGACAGACAGACAGACAGGGGCACUGCGCCACACUGCAGCCAGAAUCUGACCCCUGGCAAAUAGUGUCCCCUGACACCAGCCUGCUUUCACAUCGAUACGUGCCAAAUACUGUCCCCUGCAGAGCCCUGUCUGCGAGCAGAUUGAAAUCUCAAGUGCAAUUCACUGUAUUCAUGGAGUAACACAGCAGUCUUAAGCCAUGCAUGGGUCAUGUUGUUUAGAGUCACUGUGUGUCGUUUUGUGUUUGUCGUUCAUCCCUGAAGUUUAACGCUCCCCUGCGUCCUCUAUAGAGCUCGCAAACGCGUCUUCUCUCUGAGUACAGCAGGCACACCAGAGUGUAACCGUUAGCAUGUCCCCCCCUGCAACACUGCCCCCGGUGGAAGAAAUACAACCUUCUCACAUCCACAAGGGGGCAGGCUGGUUUAGUUCAGUCUGUUAGUGUAUUCACUGUGUGUCCACAGGCAGGGCCAGCACAGGUAUAUCUCAAUAGUGCAGCACUGAUACAGAGAGACCUAGGAGACCAAACUCAAUAAAAUAACACUGAAGAAAACAAUUCCUAUACAUCCGAAAAUACUACACAUUCAUGUGAAGUGACUUGCUCAGGGUCACACAGUGAGACAGUCAGUGGUAGAGGUGGGAUUUGAACCAGUGACCUUCUGGUUACAAGCACUGGACUUUAACCACUGGACCACACUGCCUCCCAAACACACGCACAGUGAUUCUAAACAAGAAGACGACAUUGGAUAAGAUGCCUGUGAUACUCCAGAGCCAGGCCAAGCUGCUGUUUAAACACAGCAGCAUGCUCUAUGAAUAGCAGCUUCCCCAUGCUGGGAGCGUCUUUUCUAAUGGAUCACGUGAGAUCGGUGUGACGCGAUGGCCGCGCCUGCAGGUUACUCACGUGGCUUUGUAAGCUGUACUUCAGCAAGUAUAGGUCGAUAUUCGCACAGACCGUGUUUCACUGCCGUCGCUUUGUCCUUCCUGAGAGCUAAUAGAAGGAAAGAAGUACAUGUUAACGUCAUUAAAACAGAAACUGACAGACGGACUGCCUGUCGGUCACAAAAAUAAUAAUCGCUGAACCCUAACAUGCAACGCAACUGAUGCUAAAAUGUCUCAUGUGCACUUUUAUCAGUAUCCACUAGAGGGCAGCAUUGCGCUCGAUUGCUAGUCUCCUCUGAUGGAGAGACUUCCAAACCUUAAAAAGAAAAACGACCGGAACAAAUUAAUUGUUUUGUAUCAUUUUUACUUUUUAAAAUGUGCCAACGUUAGCGGGUAUAAAAAGGGAAUAGUGAAAUAUCUUAACUUGAUUAAAUGAAAGUGCUGUUAAAUACUGGAUUCUUAACUCGUUUUUUAUAUAUAUUAUUAUUUUUGAAACAUUAGUUGAUGCAACACCUGGUAUAAAUGCUACCGUCAGGAUGUUGCCUUGACGACAACAUUCAGACAAGUAUUUAGGGCUUCCAUGUAUUAUACAGAACGUGUGAAAUUCAAGUUUCUUUCAUCUGAGUUUCCACACUGUAUAACUGAUGGGUCCGUGUGUUCAAGGGUUUGUGGAGUUGGGAGGUGUAGCGCCAGGUUUGAAUCUGCAGGGCUGGUUAAACUGCUAUAGUGAACGAGAGCGUCUCAAACAGAGAUGCUCGUUAAUUACACUAAAACUUGGAGAAGCUGUGGCCUUGCAUUUACUAGGAGCUUGAGGCGUGGAGACUGAAAGGGUGCUCCCUGCAGUGCAGAGAGAAAGGGUGCUCCCUCCAGUCCAGGGCAGGCUUGAGGCAUGGAGACUGAACUGCUCCCUCCCUCACCUCCCUAAGAGAAAGGGUGCUCCCUCCAGUCCAGGGCAGGCUUGAGGCAUGGAGACUGAACUGCUCCCUCCCUCACUCCCUAAGAGAAAGGGUGCUCCCUCCAGUCCAGGGCAGGCUUGAGACAUGGAGACUGAACUGCUCCCUCCCUCACCCCCUAAGAGAAAGGGUGCUCCCUCCAGUCCAGGGCAGGCUUGAGGCAUGGAGACUGAACUGCUCCCUCCCUCACCUCCCUAAGAGAAAGGGUGCUCCCUCCAGUCCAGGGCAGGCUUGAGACAUGGAGACUGAACUGCUCCCUCCCUCACCCCCUAAGAGAAAGGGUGCUGAAUGUUUUCUUUUUCUCGUUCACAUUUUAAAAUAAGUUUCUAACUGACAGAAUUUUUAACUACCUGUUUUUAACUGACGAAUUCAUGUUGAUUAAAAUUUUAAUGUAA